UCGACCGACUCUGUGUUUGUGUGUGUGAGGAAUUGAUCGCCGGCUAAAAGAGAGAGAGAGAGAGAGAAAAAAAAUGGUCGCGUAGCCUGGUACCGUGCGGAGGACAGAAAGCUGCAUUUCAUAACCUGGACACUGAGAUCCGCGAAGCCGCACCGGACACCGAGGCAUGAUGCAAUAAUCUAUUUAUAUAAUUAUUUUAAAAAAUAAAUAAAUAUCUAUAUCUAUAUAGAUCGAGAGUUCAGUGAUGGGUCGGAGAGCCACGCCUGCCCAAGAUGUGCGCAUAAACAGGUAUGUUACCUGUGCACCUCGGGGACUCGGGGUUUACCAGCACACCCUGUACAAGGUUUUGGCGUCCAGCGUCACGAUGGCCUGAUCACCCGGAGCGGCGGAUGAGCGAGGGCAUGUCGAUCACCCGAUUCACGGCUACACUCAGACUAUCAGACCGUCCCGGCUUCUGGGUUUAAUCUGGUGCUCGGUUUUUUUUUCCUGUGUGUGUGUGUGGGGGGGAUAUAUCGCGCGUACUGGAUCUAUCUCAGACAAAGAGCGUGCACCCGACCCGUUAUGGCCUCUAUACGUUUGCACGGAUUGGAUCAGCUCCCGGAGAACGGCAGCGCCUCGCGCGCACCGGAUCCUCACAUCCCGAAGCUGCUGUCUCAGGUCGACACCGCCGUGCUGCCGUUUCUCGGGGGGUUCGGGCGCUUCCAGAAGCGGCUCGUGGCGCUGACCUGGCUCCCAGCGUUGCUCAUAGCCUUCGGGCAGUUCUCGGAUUAUUUUCUCCUCGCGCAGCCCAGGAGCACGUGCCUGGAUCACGCGAGAAACGGGAGCGGCGUGCUGGGCGCGAGCGCGCCGCCGCCGCCGCCGGCUCUGUUCGAGAACGCGACGCGCGCGGAGAGCAGCGGCGUCAACGGCGACAGCGCGGAACCGAGGUUUGAGCUCCAGCUGGGACUGCAGCAGAACGUGGUCACUAAGUGGCAGCUGGUGUGUGACGAGGAGUGGAAGGUCCACAUCGCUAAGUUCUCAUUGCUGGUGGGCUCCAUAUUUGGUUACCUUCUGAUGGGUGCUAUGGCAGACUGGAUAGGUCGUAUUCCGGUGCUGCUUGUCUCGGUGUUGUCUGUGCUCGUGUUUGGCUUGUGUGUGGCCUUCUCUGUGGACAUGGCCAUGUUCAGUACUCUGCGCUUCUUUCAGGGCUUUUGCCUCGCUGCCAUCAGACUCUCCCUCUAUGUGCUGAGGAUUGAGCUGUGUUUGCCCGCUUGGCGCUUCUCCAUGACAAUGGUUGCCAGUCUGGUGGUGGUGGGUGGGCAGCUGCUGAUGCCAGGUUUGGCAGCGCUGUGCCGCGACUGGCAGCUCCUUCAGGUCCUCAUCAUUGUUCCGUUCGUCCUAAUGCUUCCUUACAUUUGGGUUUUCCCCGAGUCGCUGCGCUGGUUGUUAGCCACGCAGCACUACGACCGAGCAAAGAGCCAAAUGUACUCAAUCGCCCGAAGCAACGGAGUCGACACCACAUCCGACCCUAAUGGAAUUCUCUCAGAGCUGGAGCGUGAGCUGCAACAGAAACCCCAAACCUCCUGUAUCACACAGCUGAGAAGCACACGCAACCUCUGGAAGAGCACCGUGGUACUAUGUGUCAACUCGCUGACUGGCUAUGGGAUCCACCACUGUUUUGCACGCAGUGUUCUAGAGGGCAGCACCUCUCACCUGCACUAUUACGCUCUGGCAGGCAUCGCCAUGGCCUCGAGUUUGGUGCUUUGUCCAGUGGUGGCAGCGUUCGGUAGACGAGGCGGCCUCCUCACCUUCAUGAUUAUCACAGCACUGGCCUCCUUGCUGCAGCUUGGCCUGCUUAGCUUAAUUGGAAAGUACAGUCUUCGGCACAACACAGUUCUCAGGGACACGCUCAAUCAGCGGUUCUCUGCGGCGUUUUCCAUCAUCGGAAUGUUCUCGUCUCACGCCGUCAGCACUCUCAGUAUCUUCUACUGCACAGAGAUCACGCCUACUGUCAUCAGGGGUGGAGGUGUAGGUUUGGUCCUGGCUAGCGCAGGCUUCGGCAUACUAACCGCCCCGCUCAUGGAGCUCCACAACCAGAAAGGCUUCUUCCUUCACCACGUCAUCCUGACGUGCUGCACCUUGCUCUGCAUCAUUUGCAUCCCGCUGCUGCCCGAGACCACCGGCCAGCCUCUGCCCGAAUCCCUGGCCGAAGGGGAGGGGCUUUUGCGCAGGCCUCUCCUCCCUGGAGAGCAGCACCACCUUCUGGCCAGGCAAGAGGUCAGGGAGUACUCUCGGGUUCAGGAAACGCCCCUCCGUCAGGUUGUCAGUCAGAGCAAUGCCACAGCACCUAGUAACAGCAACAGCACAGCGAACGGAAUGAGGACUUGAGAGCCGCGUGCAUGCGGCUGCCUGCGUGAAUCCAAGCCAGCUCAGGCCGUGUGAAGGACAGCAGUGAUGAUCUGACCGGCCAGCAAGCACAGAAACGCAUCAUGAGGUCACAGGCGAUAAGAUUCCUUAAAGCAUCGUCACCGGUGAAUGAUGCCGAUCUACUGACCGCUCGUAAAUAUAACGUGUCGAACCUCUUAUUCCAGGAGGUAUGAUGUGGUGAAGUGUUGUAAAAAUUGAAUGUUGACGUAAAUUCACUCAAGUCUAUUUUUCAGCAACAAAACUCAGUUUUGUAUAGCUUUUCUAUAGUUUUGUACAACGCCCUGGGGAAAGAAGGAAAAAAUCACGCUACUCUUAAUUUGUUAUGCAUGCGUGUAGUCCCAUGCAUGCAUGAGUGUGUGUGAAAAAAGAAGGACCAGGAAGCGAGCCCUGAUUAUGGAUUAUGAAGUUUGAAAGGGAAAAAAAAAAACCAGACUGAAUCCAUAGGGGAGUUGGGUGAAGAGUUUCAAAAUGUGAAUGAUCUUAGUAUCCGGGUGUUUUAGGGAAAACAAGCAAGUCUGUAGAAGCUGCAAAGGUGUGUGUGUGCGCGUGAGAGAGCGAACGAGUGUGAAUAUCCUACAGUUUUAAACUAGAACAAUUACUGUUUCCGUUUGGAAAUCUAAAAGAAGGCAGGGCUGAGCACAGACAAAAGUACAAAGGGCUGCUGACUCGGCUGCUCAGUAUUAAUGUUCCUAAAAGAUUUUACUGUUCCUGGGAUUGAGUUUGUUGAUUUGCACAAAAUAUGCAACGAAAAAAAUGAAAAUUGUCUUGAUUGUUUUGUGCACAAUACAGGCUGUGACUCCCCCCCCCUCCCCCUUCCAAAAUGGAUGUACCAUAUAACUGGCCUUAAAUUGUGACUGAUAAUCUGAGAAAGGCUCUCAAAAAAAAAAAAAAAAGAAAAAAGCACCGAUUCAAUGCGGUUUCAAGAAGUAAUAAAUAUGGUGUGCACAGUGUGACAUCCAAAUUAUGUAAAGAAAUUUAAUGGGUCAGGAUGUAAUGUUAAUUUCCUGGCCUAAAAACAAACAAACAAAAAAAAAAAAGAAAGAAAAUGCUCUGUGGUAUUUAAACAGUCAUUUGUGAUGACUGGCGUGACUCCAUGACUGAAAUGUACUUCUUUUGUAUGACUUGUUGAAUAGUGUUCAUCAUCAGUAAUAUGCAGGUAUAUGCAGUGCAAUUGAUGGAAAUGUAUCCACUCUUCAUUUUUAUAAGACAUUCCAUUUGUGAAUAAAUGCAUUUGAAUAA